GCCGGGCGCGCGCAGCGGUCCUGGGCGGAGCGGAACACGCGUGGAGCCGUGCGAGGACCCGUGGGUUGUGCAGUGCAUCUAUGAUAUGUGUUUUAGAAAUAAAAGUUAAACUUUGGUUUGAAUGAAAAAUGUCUCUCAAUACACCUAUAUUUCUCAAAGAAAGGGAAGAAGAUAAUUCAAAAUUUGUGGAAAUACAACAGUCACAAACUACAUCCAUAGCUACGGAAUAUCCUCUUCAAAACUUAUGCUUAGCAUCUCAAGAAGUUCUUCAAAAAGCUCAGCAAAGUGGAAGAUCAAAAUGUCUCAAGUGUGGUGGUUCAAGAAUGUUCUACUGCUAUACAUGUUACGUCCCAGUUGAGAAUGUACCUAUUGAACAGAUACCACGUGUAAAGCUUCCAUUGAAGAUUGACAUCAUUAAACAUCCAAAUGAAACAGACGGCAAAAGCACUGCUAUACAUGCAAAACUCUUAGCACCUGAAUUUGUGAAUAUUUAUACAUAUCCUUGUAUUCCAGAAUAUGAAGAAAAGGACCAUGAAGUUGCACUUGUUUUUCCUGGACCUAACUCUGUUUCAGUAAAAGAAAUUUCUUUUCGUCUCCAAGAAAAGAUUCAAAAUAAUGUUGGAGGCAAAAAUGAUGACCUUGACAAGCCAUUCAUUAAACGCAAGAAAACUGAAGAACAGGAUUUGAAUGACAGCAAGUGCAAAGACACAACACUGAAAAAAAUUGUAUUCAUAGAUAGCACCUGGAACCAAACAAACAAAAUAUUCACUGAUGAGAGACUACAAGGGUUGCUACAAGUUGAGUUGAAAACAAGAAAAACUUGCUUUUGGCGUCAUCAAAAAGGAAAGCCAGAUACCUUCCUUUCCACAAUUGAAGCCAUUUACUACUUUCUGGUAGAUUAUCAUACUGAUAUUUUAAAAGAGAAAUACAAAGGACAAUAUGAUAAUCUUUUAUUUUUCUACUCUUUUAUGCACCAGUUGGUAAAGAAUGCCAAAUGCCCUGGAGACAAGGAAACAAGGAAACUUACCCAUUAG